AUGGCCGGGGCGACAGGCGAGGAGGCCUUUAUUACAGCAGAGGAAGGAGGCGAGCUGGAAGGGGGCCAGGUGGUGGCAGACCUGGAGGGGGAGGCCCCUGAUGAGGAGAACAUGAGCGACGGCGAGGAGGAGGAGGACGAGGAGGAGGGAGACGGGUUGGAUGCGGCAGACGAGGAUGACAGCAUACACACGUUCACCGGCCACACCAGCGGCGUCUACUCUGUGGCCUGGAGCCCGCGGCAGGCAGACCUGGUGGCCACGGGCGGCGCCGACGACCGCGCCUACAUCUGGCGCGUGGGGCAGGAGGCGUUUGAGCAGACGGGGGGCGCGGUGCUGGAGCUGGGCGGGCACACCGACACCGUGGCCAGCAUGGCCUUCAGCGCUGACGGCGCCAGCCUGGCCACCGGCGGCCUGGACGGGCGGGUGAAGGUGUGGGAGGUGGCCAGCGGGCGGUGCACGCAGACGCUGGAGGGGCCAGGAGACGCGGUGGAGUGGGUGCGGUGGCACCCCAAGGGCGGCGUGGUGCUGGUGGGGGCCGCAGACUUCACGGCCUGGAUGUGGCUGGCGCAGACGGGGGCGUGCAUGCAGGUGUUUUCGGGGCACAGCGGCUCGGUGGUGUGCGGCAGCUUCACUCCCGACGGCAAGUGGGUGGUGACGGGCGGCGGCGAGGGCGACGCCUCGCUGAAGGUGUGGAGCCCCAAGACCGGAGAGUGCGCACUGACCGUGCAGGGCCACCCAUACCAUACCGCGGGCCUGACCUGCCUGGACAUCCACCCCGACUCCACAGCAGCCAUCAGCGGCUCAGAGGACGGCGUGCCAAAGGUGGUCAACCUCAGCAACGGGCGGGUGGUGGCCUCGCUGGCGGGGCACGAGGAGGAGAGCAGCAUCGAGGCGGUGGCCUUCUCCCACCACCUGCCGCACGUGGCCAUGAGCGCGGGCAUGGAUGGGCGGCUCAUGGUGUGGGACCUGGCGGCCGCGGUGCCCGGCCAGCGCGCCACCUGCCAGCACCCUGAUGGCGUGACGCGGCUUGCGCAGCACCCCCCCCAGCCGCUGGUGUUCACGGGCUGCCUGGAUGGCGCGGAUUUGGCGGCAAGCCCAGACGGCAACUGGUGGAUAGCGGGCGGCGAGGACGACACCGCUCGCGUGUUUUCCCUGCUACAAGACUGA